AUGGAAACUGAAUCCGCAGAUAUACCACCAAACCAAACCCUUUAUGUAAAUAAUUUAUAUGAAAAGAUAUCAAAAAAGAAAUUAAUAGAACAAUUAUUAUUAUUAUUUUCAAAAUAUGGACCAAUUCUUGAAAUUGUAGGAUCGAAAUCAUUAAAGAUGAGAGGACAAGCAUUUAUAGUGUUUAAAGAUAUAACUUCAGCAUCAAAUGCAUUAAGAGAGAUGAAUGGAUUUAACUUUUUAGAUAGACCAAUGAAAAUUCAAUAUUGUAAAUCAAAAUCAGAUGCAGUUUCAAAAUUAGAUGGUACUUAUAUGGAAAAGAAAAGAGAAAGAGAAGAGAAUGAUAAAAAAGGUUCAAAUAAAAAACAAGAUAGAAAAUCAACGGGACAACAGCAACAACAACAAAAAAGACCUGGUGCUCCAACUUCAACAACUUCAACAACUUCACCAACCACUUCAAAUGGUACUGUCUCUUUACAACCAAGAGAUGAUCCACCAAAUAAAACACUUUUCGUUGAAAAUUUACCUGAUAAAUGUGAUUCUAUGAUGUUAUCAAUGUUAUUUUCACAAUUUCAAGGAUUUAAAGAAGUACAUAUGGUAGAAAGUAAAAAAGGUAUUGCUUUCAUCGAGUUUGAGGAUGAAAUUAAAUCAGGUUUUGCAAUGACAAAUCUUCAACACUUUAAAGUCACACCUGAAAAACCAAUGGUAGUUUCAUUUGCUGCUCAAUAA